CUCUAGCUCCUUACGCUCCUGCAGAAAGGCACCACACCUCAACUGCGUGUGUGUGUUUUUGCUAGCACGCAUCUCCAAACCGCUCCGCAUGAAACUCCGAGCUCAUUCCUCUCCUCCAGGAUGACCAGGGCUGGGGUUUCUCUGCUCCUCGUCGCUAUCCACCUCUCCCUGGCAAGGCACUCAGAUUAUGCUCCAUAUUUUUAUGACAAUGAACGAGGCAGCCUCAGUGGAAACAUGGCUUUAUUCAGCUUAUCAGAAGACACACCUGUGGACACACAGGUAUACGUGCUCAAUGGCACUGACCCAGAGGGGGACUCGGUACGGUACGGCGUGGCCUUCGAGAAGGGCACUAAGGAAUACUUCAAAGUUGACCCCAAGUCGGGCAACAUGACUCUUAUCUCCGAGUUAGACAGAGAGCAUCAAGAUGAGAUUGCAGUUCUUGUCAGUAUCACGGAUGGAAGGAAUAAGGUGGUGGAGAAAGUAAGAGUGUUCAUCACAGAUGCCAAUGAUGAGAAACCUGAGUUUCUCAAUUUGCCAUUCAUAGUGGAUGUACCUGAGGAUACUCCAGAAGGCACAAGCCUCUAUAAGGUUCAGGCAGUGGACCGGGAUUUGGGAUCUGGAGGCAGUGUCAGUUACUUUCUACAGAGUACUCCCACCACAAAGUUCACCAUAGACAGCCACAGUGGGGUCUUGCGCAUAAAACCUGGUGAGAAACUGGACUAUGAAACCACCAGGACUCACUUCAUCACUGUGGUGGCCAAGGAUGGGGGAGGCAAGUGUAAUGGGAAGUACCAGGUGAUGACCUCCACUGCCACUAUCACCAUCAACGUUUUGGAUGCCCAGGACACUCCUCCUGCAUUUGUGGGAGCACCCUACUUUGGCUAUGUGUAUGAGGUUUCGGUGCCUGGCUCAGAGAUUUUCACCGUCUCAGCUAAAGAUGGAGAUGAAGGCAACUCAAAUCCUAUCAGCUACUCCUUUGUGAACGGAAGUGGAGGGUACUUCAGCAUUAACAGCACUACCGGAUGCAUUAGUCUGCUGACCUACCCAGUCCAGCUGAAGAAUGAGCUCUUUGAACUCAAAGUCAAGGCGUCUGAGGUGGGACCAGAGAAUGAGGAUCUGAGCUAUGCAAUCACCAUGGUGACUAUCCGUGUAGUUGACCUAAACAAUCACCCCCCAACUUUCUAUGGGGAGAACGGUCCUCAAAGUCGAUUUGAGCUGACCAUGUACGAACACCCACCAGAAGGAGAGAUUCUACGAGGCCUGAAAAUCACUGUCAAUGAUUCAGAUCAGGGAGCUAAUGCUAAAUUUAAACUGAGGCUGGUGGGGCCUGGUCGAGUCCUCCGAGUCGUUCCCCAGACUGUCCUCAACGAGGCUCAGGUCACCAUCAUUGUGGAAAACUCCACUGCUAUCGACUAUGAGAAAUACCAGUUCAUAACAUUUAAGCUUUUGGCAGUUGAGAUUGACACUCCAGAGAGGUUCAGUGCUACAGCGGACAUCAUCAUCAACCUGCUAGACACCAACGAUAACACGCCCAAGUUCUCCUCCGAGUACUACAUCGCCAGAAUUCCUGAAAACUCCCCCGGGGGGUCCAAUGUUGUUGCCGUGACAGCCUCAGAUCCUGACUCUGGGCUGUGGGGUGAAGUGAAGUACUCCAUCUAUGGGUCAGGAGCUGAUCUGUUCCUCAUCCAGGCUGCUUCAGGCAUCAUCUACACCCAGCCCUGGGCCUCUCUGGAUGCAGAGGUGAAGUCCAAAUAUAACUUCUAUGUGAAGGCCGAGGACACAGAAGGGAAAUACAGCCUCGCUGAGGUCUUCGUUACAGUACUGGACCUAAAUGACCACUCCCCAGAGUUCAAUGACAACUUCCUGGAGAAGACCAUGGUUAUUGGUGCCCCAGUGAGAGUAGAGGCUGUAGAUGAGGAUGCUGAGGAGCCCAACAAUGUCAUUGAGUACUCCAUCAUGAGAGCUGACCCGGACAACAUAUUUGAGAUCAACAAGGCCACAGGCGAGAUCAAACUCAAGUCCUACAUUAAAUCGAUGGAGAUUGUGAACAACAUCACCAAGCACAAGGACUGCAAGUGGUCCCUGGUGGUCCAAGCCCGUGACCAGGGAAAACCAUCAUUCAGCACAACGACAGUGGUGAAGAUUGACAUCACAGAAGCGACCCCCCUCAAGGGGCCCAUGGCGGCCUUUUUAAUGCAGAGUAGAGACAAUCCCUUGAAAGCCCUAUGCAUGAUGGCUGGGCUCAUUAGUGUUAUGGUUCUAGUGACUAUCUUGAUCUCUACGGCUAUGUUCUUGCGCAACUCAAAGUCAAACAGGAUCAUGCCGGCGCGGCGCAUCAUCCGCAGGAGGAAGCGGGAACCCCCGCAGAGCUUCAACUUCAGCCUCAACUACAAGUCGCCUUUCAGCCGCCCUGACAACGCUGGCGGCGCCCUAGCUGACGAAGACCCCGAGGGCAACGCCGGUAGGAACGUUGAGAGCGCCGGCAGCCAAAACAUCAACCUAAACAACAACAGCCCACGACCCAAACCCCCACCGCCAAGCGCCCCAAGACCGCCUCCUCCCCCCGCCUCCAACUACAGGCCCAGUGAAAGGGUACGGCCUGUGCCAACCAUAUCUGGCUCUUUGGCGUCCACAUGUUCCAGGAAAUCAAGACAUGACAGUGAGAACAGUGUCAGCAGCGCAUUGGUCUCUGAGCUGAAGAUGAAACUGGAACAGAAGAUACUGGAGGCAAACCAAGGAGGGUACUACCACUAAAUCCGUCCCAAUACAAAGCUUUCUGUGAUCCCCAUUGACGGGAUUGUUAUUACAAAAGUGUUGUCAAAAGAGCUGUGCUUUCUGAAGGCUUCUCGAGGGUCACUCCCCUUGCCACAGGCCUCACAUGGAUUUACUGUCCCUUGGUGAGUUGCUCAUAAAUGUUUGAAGACCAAUUGGGUAAAAAUUACAAUUCUACUUUUUUGCAGUCUUUUGACAGAAAAUCCCUCUUAUAUAACAUUUGAAAAACCCAACAUCCAACCUCCUAUCCGCCUUGCUAAAUUCUGAUAAUUGUCAAGAAGAGCUGGCCACUCUGGCGAAUCAAGUAAUGAAAUACCACUCCUUAUUCACAGCAACCACAAAACAAGCUAACCUGUAGGUGUUGAGAGGAGAUUUUAGAGCCUGAUUUAUUGCAUCUUAAGAGUUAAAGGGUUCA